CCUCGAUUCACUGGGCAACGGCUGCCAAACUGACAAUUGACAAGCUUCAACUCCACCGCAAUUCCACCCAAACAGCCCGCCGGAUGCGCCCAUCAAUUUCUUGACAGAUUCCGCCCGCGGAGCUUCUUGAAAGCUGCAUCCUCCUCUCUGUCUCGCUGCUGGUUGCUUCCCAAGGGCCGAACCUGGCCUCGCUGCCAUCGCCUCGACAAUCCGAGUGACGUGUUCCAGCCAAAUUCAGCACCACGCGGCGCAGACACAGACAACACCGGCUCAUUUCCCGGCCUGAGCUUGACAUAAACAUCGCAUAUUUGCUACCGACUUGGUCAUUUUGAAGCCCAAUAGCGACAGUCAACGCACAGUGCCGCUCAGUUCGUUUUUUCAAAAAUGUCGUCGGACUCUGAGCAUUCCGCCCAGAUCGUCGAUGGCAUUCCCGAGCACGAUCGACCUGGCCUUGUCGACGACGUUUCCACUUCGGGAGACGACGAGUCGAUUGUAACCUCGUCGCAACAGAGUAUACCUCCGACCGAUGCACCAAAUUCCCCAAUACCGCCUACUUUGUCCCCGAGAUUCGAGGACGGCCAUGACGAAGACCCGCCAACUGUCAUUCCGUCAUCCCUCACCCCGCCUCCGUCCUCGCAGGCUCCUAAUCCCACAGGAGCCGGGCCUGCCAACCCGCUUGGCUAUCUCGGCUCGCAGCGAUCCGCCAUCUUUUCGCCGCCAGCUACAGUUAUGAACGGCAUCAAGAGAGAAAGUGUUGGUGCUGAAUUUAUCCCCCCAACCCAAGAUCAGAUCGCCGAUGCCUCAAUUGAGGAACUCCGCAGCAUGCUUCAGGCCUGCAUGGCCGAUCAGGCAAGACUGAAGAUGGAAGCGGCCCACCACAAGUUGCAGUACAGCAUGCUCAGCAUCCGUGCCGAAGAAGACACGAAACGUGCAGCUGUCGAACACGAGAUGACGAGGAAGGAAGUCCAAGCCCUACAGAAGGCCGAGUGCGCGCGGCAAGCUCGCCACGACCUCAUCACAGCAUCUGAGUCGACACAAGCGAAGUACUUGCGAUUGAAGGUGUUGCACGAACAGGCCCUCGAGGAGAAUGACGCCUUGCACAAAAAGAUCAAGGCCGCGAGGAAGGUAAUACAGCAAAAGGAGGACGAGAUUGCCGUUUUGACGGACGAAAGGGACAUGUUGCUGAACCGCAUUCGGGAAAACCGCGAGCACUUCCACCUGCUUUGCAGCCCUGGGGGCAUGUUCCAUGGCGCCCUGACGCCGAAGGCCCAGACUGGAAGCCCUCAGCAGCACAGGGGGACACCGCGACAAACGCCGAGAUCGGCGCAUCGGGAUAGCCAUCGGGACCAGGAGGGUUUUGCCGUCCUGCUCCAGGCUCUCAGCCAAGACAACAAUAGCGCUCCAUCGACACCCAUCAGCGGCCACCGUCCGGCACCCCGCAACCCUUCCAAACAUACCCGCAAUGUCCAGUCAAUGUCCUCCCUUCCGAGUACGCCGCUUCCCCGUAACCGAGGCGACAACAGGGGGCAUGGGCUGCUACCAUCUGUCGAUCUGGUACCCCAAACCGAGCCUCCCUACCGGAACACGCGGUUCGUAGCCGAAAAGCCGAACCUGUCUAGGAGCCAAGAACGCCGCAAGAGCCGCGAGAGCACAAUAUCGGCUGAGGACAACCAGGAACUAGCACGCCAGGCGCUGCAGUCUUUUGUGUCGCGGGGAUCACAGCACUCGUCGCGUCGGCGGCAGUCGGGCGGGGAGGAAGAGGAGGUCUUUGAGAGCCAGGCCAGCCAGGCCGCUUCAGAGAUGCUGCGCCGAGACGCCCGCGAAAGCUUCGAGGUAGCCAGCUCCGUCGGCAACUCGAGGGACGGCACGCCGGCCGCGGCGGACAGAAGCGCCAAGCUUCAGGCCAAGCUGUUUGGAGGGCUGAAUAAGAGCGGCCUUUCUAAUGGGAAGCGCAAGUUCAGCGGCCCGCACGGGGGGGAAGUGGCCGACGGGUUCGCGGUGCAUGAUCGCGGCGUCAUGAGCCCCACCAAGAAGCUCCGCGAGGCCGGCGGGCUGAGAGACGGCGGUCGUAUCGGCUUGGGCAUACAGUACGGCCGUGAGCUGUAGGAGCCAUGCGGGCUUUUAUGCUGGCUGGCUGGCUGCGCUCACGGCUCUGUAGUCUAUUGGAGUGCUUGUCUUGUUGGUUUUCAUCUUUGUUACUCGGUUGCGGGAUGGAUGAGGUUCAAUCGUUCAUUCAAUGGUUCAUGACAAUGGCUCAUGAUAUCUGGGAGAUUGCUCGGCUCUGGAACGGCCGUUGGUAUGUAUUGCGCGUGUACAAUACUGGUUAUGAUGCUGGAAAGGGUCGGAAGUUUGGCUCAAGCUUUCUCUGGGUUGCAAUCCUGCAAGGCGCAUGGGAAUGCCUCUCGGACUAGCCACGAGGCACGCUUGGCUUCUCUGAACUUUUAAAAGCGCUGGUAUAACUGCCCGUGGAGGCAUUACUUAUGGUUAGUCUGAAUCCGAAUCCAGCCCUGUCUUCAACGUCGUAGGAAUUUAAGAGUUCUCUGGGAAAGGCCCGACUUGCGCUUCGAUAC